CCAGCGGCUGCCUGUCCAUGACCUACUACUUCGAUCGCGAAGCGGCGGCUUUGACGAACUUUGCAGAGUAUUUUCUUCACCACUCUCAGGAGGAGAGGGAACCCGCGGAGCAUGCCAGGAAGCUGGAGAUGGAGGAGGCGGCGGCGGCCCCGAGCCCGGGACCGGGACAGCGCCUGAAGACAAUGGAGUAUGCCUUACACACGCAAACUAGUGUGAGUCAGUCACUACUGGAACUGCACAAGCUGGCCACCGACAAGAACGACGUCCACAUGUGUGACUUCUUUGAGAGUCACGGCCUGAAGGAGUAGGCAGGUGAAAGCCAUCGAAGAGUUGGGCGGCCUUAUAACCAACUUACUUGAGACCAAAGCUCCC